GAGGAAGGGAGGAGAAACAGGAGGAGGAAGGACAAGCACCUCGACUAUCGCGUCCUCACCGAAUAAGCGUCUUCGUCAUCUGCAGCUGCUUACAUUUGUUGUGUCCCACGCAGGAUGUGUACUCCAUGUUGUUUCUCGCAGCUGGCCUGCUGCUGUGGCUCAGCGGCAUGCUCAUGCUGCUGCAACUGCUGCCCUAAAAUCAAACAGUCCACGGGGACCCGAUUCAUGUACACCCUCUAUUUCCUGCUGGUCACCAUCGUCUGUGUCAUCAUGAUGUCCCCUACAGUAGAAGAUGCGAUUAAAGAGAAUAUCCCCUUCUACAGUGAGUUGUGCGAGAAGAUGAAUGCAGGGACGAACUGCAAGACCCUGGUGGGUUACUCUGCUGUCUACAAGAUGUGCUUCGGCAUGGCCUGUUUCUUCUUCAUCUUCUCCAUCUUCACCAUAAGCGUCACAAACAGCACUGGCUGGAGGGCGGCCAUACAUAACGGGUUCUGGUUGCCAAAAUUCAUUGUGCUCGGAGCCUGCUGUGCUGCGGGUUUUUUCAUUCCACAAGAGGAAACUUUUCUUGAAGUAUGGCGCUAUGUCGGAGCUGUUGGCGGAUUUUUCUUCCUGCUGAUCCAGCUCAUGUUGUUGGUGGAGUUUGCCCACAGAUGGAACACAAACUGGAGCUCAGGAGUGAAGUAUAACCGCUUGUGGUAUGCAGCACUGGCCUUGGUCACUCUCGUGCUGUUCAGUGUUGCUGUGGGAGCCGUGAUCUUCAUGGGUCUUUUCUACACCCACCCUGAGGCCUGUCUCCUCAACAAGAUCUUCCUGGGCAUCAACAGCAGCCUCUGCCUCAUCGUCUCUCUGCUUGCCAUCUCCCCCUUCAUACAGAAACUCCAGCCCAAAUCUGGUCUGCUCCAGCCUGGAGUCAUCAGUGUGUAUGUCAUGUACCUUACCUUCUCAGCCUUCUCCAGCAAACCAAAAGAAACGGUGGAGAUUGAUGGCAUGAACACGACCGUGUGUGUCUUUCCCUUCAACUCUGGAAAGGAAAGCGACAAGAAGAUCGUCACUGCUCUAGGAGCCGUUAUCCUGUUCGGCUGCAUCCUUUACUCCUGUCUGACCUCCACCACCAAGCGAAGCUCUGCAGCGCUGCGGGUGUGCAGGACCAGUGAGCCAGAGAUCGAGAGAGCCCGCUGCUGCUUCUGCUUUGGAGAUGACACAGAAGAUUAUGAAGAGGAGAAGAGCGGUGGAGGCCAGAACGUGCUGUAUGACGAGAGAGAAGCCACCAACUACAGCUACACAUAUUUCCACUUUGUCUUCUUCCUGGGUUCCCUCUAUGUCAUGAUGACCAUAACCAACUGGUUCCACUAUGACGACCACAAGAUUGAGAAGCUCUUGGACGGAAGCGUGUCCAUUUUCUGGAUCAAGAUCUCCUCCUCCUGGGUGUGUCUGGUCUUCUACAUGAUCACUCUCAUCGCUCCCAUCAUCUGCCCCAAGCGCUUUGAGGCCUAGGACUACCACCACAAGUCAGGUGACUUCCUGUGUUGGGGGUGAGGCCAACAGUAGCUUUGAGGGUGAGCCAAGGGACCAGCACUCUUUUCUUUCAUUCUUUCUAUCUUUCCUUCUUUCUUUCUUCCUUUUUGAACCACCGUCCACAACUACACUCAGUUUUGGAAACGGAGGAACAAUCGUUGCCUUUGAAUACACUAUAUUACACUUCAUAGGUGACUGAUACAAUGACAAUACCUUGAUGGUAUUUUUUUUUUUUUUU